CUUUCCUUUCCCUUCUCUCAUCUCACGCUCUCCAUAAGGCUUUAUAAAUCUAUUAAAGAAGGUGUAAUUAUCGAUUACUGCAUUUCAAGGGCAAAACGCACGCAGUAUUUUUUUUUAUCCCCCCCCGCGCUGCCGCCGCGAGUGGUCCGCUCCGCCCCCACAAUGCCCCGCACGCUGGGCCGUGCUCUCCUUUUGCCCCGCGGAGGCCGAGCGGAGUGGUAACGCGCGUGGGGGCCCAGUAUUGCCGGUGUGCCCUCUUUCUCCCUGACCUUGCAGAUGAGGACGAGGAAGCCUCCCUGCCCCAUAGAAAAGGUGUGGGUAGACAAGCACAAAUACGAUGAAGCGGAGAGACUGCAUUAUGAAAGAGAAGCAAUGUUGGCCACCGUGGCCCCAGAGGAGUGCCUGGAGCUGGAGGCUGUCAAUGGGGUCUGCAAUGAUGACUCUGCUGAAGGUGAAUUCAAGGGAGACCUGAAGAGAGGCAAAAACGGCAAGAAACAAAGGAAGAGGAAGCGUUCUCCCAAACCCAAAAAUAUGGUCUCCAAGAUGGACUCUGUUUUGAGCGGUUUAUUAGCUGACAGCGUGUGGUUUGACAAGCCUUUGUAUGAUCGUGCUGAGAACUUGUAUAGGAAAAGACUAGUGGAUUGUCAAUACCAAGAGGCAGCAGAGACUGAGCUGCCUGAGUCAGAAGCUGUCCAAGAUGCUCCCAAGCCAUGGAUGCUUCCAGCAGCCCUGUCCUGCUCCCACGGCAUCCUGAGUGCGUGUCACCAUGUCGUUCAGGGCAUCUGGGUCAACAAGUUGGACUUUGAUAAGGCUGAGAAGGUGUUCCUUGAAAGGUCUCAGUUCUUUGUUCCUCCAAACGUCCUUGCCAUCCCCACUGUGUGCUCAGACAGUGGGAACAUUGGGCUGGGAACGCCGGAUGAAGGCUAUGUGACAGCCCUGCCUACGCCUGCUACACCGAGCUUAGCUCCUGAUGUCAUUAAUUCCGCUUCCAUCGCUAGCAGCUUGCCUCGCUCUGCUGAGCCGACGGUCAACGGUAAACCACAGGCUUCCAGCUUGCAAGCUCUCAUGUCAGAGGUGUGGUUGGAGAAACCUCUCUACGACGGCGCUGAGAAAAGCUUCUACGAGAACAUGUUCAAUAGUCACCCGCCAGGCUCCCCCCAGGCCUCAGAGAACCACCAGAAGGUUGAGAAGAGCCCCAGCGCUGGGGUGCAAGCAGGCACUGAACACGUGGAGCUCAUUAGCAGCUCUCAGCUCCCUCCACCCACCUCCUUCUUCCUGCAUGAGGACAGUGAGCGUGUGUGGCUCAACAAGAUGAUGUACGACAGUGCUGAGUCGCGCUACUACGCGGCUGAAGCUCUGAAAAUGUCAAGAGCAGAAGAGAACGUGGGGAUGCCGCAACCCGCAGUUGUGGAAUCCCAGCCGGCUGCUGAGGGUUUGAGUGUACCUGCGCCAGAAAAGAAGUAGGAGAAGUUUAUUCUGGGGGUAACACACAUGCGAAACUGGGUCAGGAUUGAGCUGAAGGAAUUUGCAUGUGUAGAAGAUGAGCGUCCUUUGUGUCCGUGGGACUGAGCGUGUGUUGUGCUGUUGGGAGAGGCUGCUCCUGGGUUGUUUGUGGGAUGGGGAGUUGGGAAACCCCCUUCAGAAAGGGGAAAGUUUGCCUUACUGGUUUAUUAAAUCAUUUGUUCUGCAAGCCAGCUGGAUUCCAGCCUAUUUGGUGCUCAGGUGUGGGUGGUCGGGAAGUGCUUCUCAUUGUAGAUGGCCUUUGUAGUUAUGAAUUGUAGAUAAACCUUUCUGUCCUUGAACUGAUUUAUAAAAGCUUCCAUUGUUAAGUCUUGGAUAAGAUGCAGUACGAUGCUGUGCUUUCUGUUAAAUCUGUGCUUUUCUGCAUGACUGUCUGAACCCCCCAGUUUGCUGUAAUGACAUGGGAGCCUGGCUGAGGGCUGCUGCUUUAAAGUUAUUUUGUAGUGCUACGGUAGAGACUGAUGUAUUUGGUGGAAAAAAAAAAAGGAGAUUCCAGAGCUAGUAUUUGUUGGAAAAGUAAGAUCUUUACAUCAAGUGAUAUGGAUUGGUGUUUAUAGAUAAGCUUCCAAGUUGGCCAGAACGAGUUAGUUCAUCUUGAGCAGGGGCUGGCAGCGUUGAGUGUUGGCAGUGGUUUCAAUGCAGGUUACCCAUACUGGUGUCUUUGGAAUGGGUGGGUGAUGAGGAUGAAUGUUUUCCAAAACACUCUUCCAUUGGCUUCAUUGGAAAUGUUUGUUGGAGAGCUGAUGAGGAAGGGCUGCAUUGGGUUGGGGAGGGGCUGUGUUGCUUCCUCAGAGUUGUGUGGUAGAGCCUGGUCACAGUGUGACUUUGUUGUGGUGCUUUGUCCUUGCAGCAGGUGGGCUUCUGCAUGCAGCAAAGCAUUGCAUGGCUGGGUGGAAGCUUGCACUGACAGCCAACAGUUCAGAGCCUUAUUCAAGGAAAACUGAAAUUUGUUGAAAUUUGUGACCUGUAGGAUCAGGAGCUGCCUGGCUGUGGCUUGGUUCUCCUGUCUUUGGUUUCAGCACUAAGAGCAUUAUUCUCUAUCUGUCUCAUGCCCAAGACAUCUUUCUUAGUGGUAGAUUCCAGCGUGUGUUGAACAUGAUCUAGAAAAUCCUCCCUGGGAAGCUCUUUGCUGGAAGGUGGUACAGAUCAGCUGAUUUAUUGUGCCCUCCCAGUGCCCUUUUGCUAAAUGCAGGUCAGGCAGAUGGGUGGCUGAUUAGCCUGCCCUGCUUUCCUAAUAGGAUCCUGUUUACUUAAAGCUUCCCACCAGAGGGGGGAACUGCUCAGCAGAAAGCUGCAGCCACAGCUCUGCGGGGUAGACAGCACUGCUCUCAAAAUCCCAUGGCAAGCUGCUCACCUGAAGCGCUCCUAGGAGCUCACUUCAUUCCUUUUCCUCCC